CGAGACGGAGCCGGAAGAAUGAGCGUGCUCUACGCCAUUUCCGCCUUUUCCUGGGAGGAGUCUGCUGCGCUAUCAUGAGUCUCUUCAAGUUCGUGGAUAUUGGAAUCAACCUGACAGAUCCUAUGUUCAGAGGAAUUUAUAGGGGCGUGCAGAAGCAUCAAGAUGACUUACAAGAUGUAAUAGGGAGAGCUGUCCAGAUUGGUGUUAAAAAGUUUAUGAUCACAGGUGGAAGUCUACAAGACAGUAAAGAUGCACUGCGGUUGGCACAAACAAAUGACAUGUUUUUCAGUACAGUGGGGUGUCAUCCCACGAGAUGUGAUGAGUUUGAGAAGGACAGCCCUGACCAGUACUUAGCAGGAUUGCUGCACCUUGCUGAAAACAACAAAGGAAAAGUUGUAGCAAUAGGGGAGUGUGGACUUGAUUUUGACCGACUUCAGUUUUGUCCCAAAGAUACUCAGCUCAAAUAUUUUGAAAAACAAUUUGAAUUGUCAGAACAAACAAAAUUACCAAUGUUUCUUCAUUGUCGAAAUUCACAUACUGAGUUUUUGGAUAUUAUGAGAAGAAAUAGAGAUCGGUGUGUGGGUGGAGUGGUGCAUUCAUUUGAUGGUACGAAGGAAGCAGCGGCUGCUUUGAUUGACUUGGACCUUUAUAUAGGAUUUAAUGGUUGCUCUCUGAAAACUGAAGCUAAUUUGGAAGUUCUGAAGUCAAUACCUAGUGAAAAACUAAUGAUUGAGACAGAUGCACCUUGGUGUGGAGUUAAAAGUACACAUGCUGGAUCAAAAUAUAUAAAAACCGCAUUUCCUACCAAAAAGAAGUGGGAAGCCGGGUGCUGUUUAAAAGACAGGAAUGAGCCCUGCCACAUAGUUCAAAUAUUGGAGAUAAUGUCAGCAGUAAGAGAAGAAGAUCCACUGGAAUUAGCUAACACGCUAUAUAACAACACCAUUAAAAUAUUCUUUUCCUGAUUUGUGUUUUCUUUUUAUGAUGUGGAAUUUCAUGGUAAGACUGUGAGCUUUAUUAAGGAAAUCUUCCCAGUGGUUCUUUAAAGAGGUAGCACUAUACACUGUGCCUUGAUUUUACUCACAAAGUCAGAUCAGCACUGUUUAGGCUGCUUAAUGCUUUAGGUAACAGUGACAGCCUUUUUAUUGUGUAAUCUCAUCAGAAGUCUGAAAGGACAGUUUUACGCUCUCACUGCAAACACAGUGAUGCUUCUACCUAAGACUUAGACAGCACGUCCUGGUUUAUGUCAAAGUUUAGUUGAUAACAAGCCUAUUUCUCAAUUCUGUCCUUGAUUUGUGACUUUUGAACCUGCCUCUAAGCUGCACUCAGAUUUCAAGUUUCUCAGUUGCUUCUAGCAGGGUAUCUUGCCUUAGUUUUAGAAAACAUUUUAUUCAGAAAGCCUUUCUACUCAAGAUUAUUUUAUCUCCUGUCUCUUAUACUAACAUUCCUUUAUUUGGCAUUUUCAUUUUCCCUUCGUUUUAAAGAAAAACUAGAGU